AUGGGAGAAUGGUGCGGGCACAAUUUGCGGGAUAUUGCUGGCUGGAAAGCCAGCGGGCUUUCAAUGACCACAACUUCUGAUGAGUGUGCAAAAAUGUUUGACGCUUCCUUGAGGCAGUUGAUUAGUUGGAUCCGUUGUGAGCAGCUUGGUGGAAUCGACGAGACGAUGACGAGAAUGCUGCUGGCUGAUCCCUUAGCUUUGAUCCCUCGAGCCUUCGCCGUGGCUCUCAAAACUCUGGCCACCUCCCAUUCCUACCGUAUCGACAAGGAAUACCAAGAAGAAGUGGAGACGUUAUUAAGCGAUGCUAAAGCCCACCCAACAGCUUCAGAGAGGGAAAAGCAGCACUGCUAUGCAGCAUGCCUCUAUGCGACUGGCCACAAAGCCCGAGCCUGUGUGAUUUGGGAAGAAAUCCUACGCGAGCAUCCAAACGACAUGAUGGCCGCCAAAUUUGCACAUGAUGCUUAUUUCUUCAUGGGCGAGUCGGAGCAGAAGAGGGACAGUAUUGCGAGGAUUAUCGAUAAGGUGCCGUUGGAGGAACCGUGUGCCAGCUACCUCCAUGGCAUGUACGCUUUCGGCCUGGAAGAGUGCGGCGAGUACAAGAAAGCUGAGGAGCAUGCAAUUACGGGACUUUCACUGCAACGUCAGGACUGUUGGGCCACCCACGCCAGGGCCCAUUGCAUGGAGAUGAACGGGAGGACUAGAGAAGGACGGGAAUUUUUGGAGAAUACGGUGGCUGAUUGGGAGCCCUGCUACAUGCUAGCGACGCAUAAUUAUUGGCAUAAUGCACUGUAUUACUACGAGGAUGGCGAUUACGGGUCGGCGCUGACGAUUUUUGACGAAAAAAUUGCUCCUCGGCAAGCCGCUUCUCAUGGGCUUCUGGACUAUGUUGAUGCCGCUUCUUUAUUAAUGCGACUAGAGUUAGAAGGCGUCAAUGUUGGGGAAGAAAGGUGGAAAACCCUAUUCUCUCCCGAUAAACAUGUUGGUGAUCACGUCAUCCUGUUCAACGACGUCCACUUCUGCCCAGCCUUGAUAAAGAGCGAGAAGGACAGCAUCGAGAAGAAGCUGCAUGCCAGUCUGGCACGAUAUAUUAGCGAUCAACCACUAGGAAUCUACGGUGAUAACCAAGUGAUUAGCCAUGACGUCGCUCCACUGCUGUAUGAAGGGAUGAGAUCGUAUGCGAAAAAGGAAUGGGAAAACUCGGCGAAACUGAUCGCAAAAUGCCACAGCCAAAUUAAGCGGAUUGGAGGGAGUACGGCUCAGCGUGACGUCUUCACCCAAGUGCUUCUCAACUCCUGCUUGAACACCAAGAAGAAGCCGUAUCUGGACUUGGGACUCGAAUUCCUGAACCGGCGCGACCAAUACAAGUUUAACUCCGGCAUCUCGCAGCGGAUGCGUCCGAAAUUCGAGAAAGGGCUAUUGGAAUCGAAAUCAUCUUCAUUUAAAUUAUUU